AUGCAAUUUAUUGUAAAACGUUAUAUUAUUAUGCCUACUGGGCGUGCUGUCCUGCUGUUGCGGCGUCUUUCGACGGGUGAUAAUAGGUUCAAAAGUCUUAAUUUGAAUCAAAAUAGUACGAAGGAGCCGUUGGUUGGAAACCCGGUGUGCACUCACCGAGAUUUGGUCAUACCAAAAAGGUUGUCAACAUUUGGACCAAAUAAUAUUGCAGUCCCACAACUAACAAGGAGUUUCAGUGACAAUAAGAUCAUAAUGGCAACAUCUAAUGCGGAUAUGCCACCUACUGAACAACCAAAGUAUACAAAUCGCUUAAUUUCGGAGAAAUCUCCCUAUCUCCUGCAACAUGCUCAUAAUCCUGUUCAAUGGUACCCAUGGUGCCAGGAGGCUAUUGAUAAAGCCAAAAAAGAAAACAAGCUUAUAUUCCUAUCUGUAGGAUAUUCUACUUGCCACUGGUGCCAUGUUAUGGAGAAAGAAUCUUUUGAAAAUGAAGAUGUAGCAAAGGUAAUGAAUGAGCACUUCAUUAACAUUAAAGUAGACCGUGAAGAAAGACCUGAUAUUGAUCGUGUCUACAUGUUGUUCAUACUGGCGACGAGCGGCGGCGGUGGGUGGCCGAUGUCUGUCUUCCUUACUCCAGAUUUACGGCCCGUCACUGGAGGCACUUACUUCCCUCCUGAAGAUCGAUGGGGAAGGCCAGGUUUUAAAACAAUUCUUCUAUCAUUGGCCAAUAAAUGGAAAGAAAAUCAGGAACAAUUCAUGGAAGCUAGCGUGAACAUCAUGCAAGCACUGCAAAAAAUAUCUUUAGUAGACUCUGAAAGUUCUAAUAACUCUAUUCCUGGAGAGGCAACUUGGGAAAAGUGUGUUCGCAGGUACAUCAAUAAUUAUUAUGAACCAGAAUUCGGCGGAUUUGGAUCAGCACCGAAAUUUCCACAAGCUUCCAUUUUCAAUUUUUUGUUCCAUUAUUAUGCACGCGACAAAAACAAUGCUGAGGGUAAAAAAUGCUUGGAUAUGUGCUUGCACACUUUAACUAAAAUUGCAAAGGGUGGCAUUCACGACCACAUAUCUAGUGGUUUUGCCAGAUACUCUGUUGAUAAUGAUUGGCACGUGCCUCACUUCGAAAAAAUGCUUUAUGAUCAGGCGCAGCUGACGGUUGCUUACACAGACGCGUACCUCGCGACAAAAGAUGAUUUCUUCGCUGAUGUUGUCCGGGAUAUCAUAAAAUAUGUAAACAGAGAUCUGCGACACCCGUCAGGUGGGUAUUACAGUGCUGAAGAUGCUGACUCUUACCCUGAAGUAGGAGCCCCUCAUAAGAAAGAAGGAGCAUUUUGCACUUGGCAGUAUAAGGAACUGAAAUCUCUUCUCGAACAUAAAAAAGUGAAUGAUUCACUUUCAUAUUUAGAUGUAUUCUGCGACUACUUUAGUGUAGAAGCUGAUGGAAAUGUUUCUCCUGAAAGUGAUCCUCAUGGUGAACUUACCAAUCAGAAUGUAUUAAUUAUUUAUGGCAGUAAGCAAGAGACAGCAGAGAAGUUUAAACUGUCAAUGGAGCAGUUCGAUCAAGUUAUAACUGAUUGUGUUCAGAUAUUGUACGAAGUACGUCAAAAGAGGCCCCGUCCGCAUUUAGACACAAAGAUGUUGUGUUCUUGGAAUGGUUUGAUGAUCUCUGGUUUAGCACAAGCUGGCCAGGGACUAGGAGAGAAACAAUUCGUGGAGGAUGCAAUCAAAACGGCAGAAUUCAUUCAACAACAUUUGUACGACGAGACGAAUCAAAUUUUAUUACAUUCUUGCUAUAGAGCCGAAGAUGGAACAAUCGCUCAAACUGAGGAACCAAUAAAGGGAUUCUUGGACGACUAUGCUUUCUUGAUUAAGGGUCUGUUGGACUUAUAUGAAGCGUCAUUGGACUACCGUUGGCUGAAGUGGGCGCGCGACUUGCAACAGAAACAGAACGAGCUGUUCUGGGACCCUGUCAAUGGUGGUUACUACACCUGUUCUACGGACGACGCCAGUGUGGUGUUACGGCUCAAAGAGGAUCAAGAUGGCGCUGAACCCUCAGGCAACAGCGUGGCCUGCCACAACUUGCAACGUUUGGCAGCCUACGCAGACAAGAGCGCGGCUCCCGAGGGCGGGGAUGGCGAGAGAGAGAUGGCCAUGAAACUGCUCAAAGCAUUCUCCAAGAGACUCAACGAUGCCCCCACUUCUCUGCCAGAAAUGAUGUCUGCCCUCAUGUUCUAUAACGACUCUCCUACUCAGGUGCUGAUAGCAGGUGGUUGUUCGGACCCGCGCACGUUGGAGUUGGUCCGCGUGGUCCGGUCGCGCCUGUUGCCGGGCCGCGUGCUGGCCGUCGCCGACCCGGCCGCUGAGUCCCCCGCCGGUAUGUCCGACAUACUACUGAGCCGUAUCCGGUCUGUGGGUGACGUCCCGACGGCGUACGUGUGCCGUCGCUACGCGUGCUCUCUGCCCGUCACCGACGUCAAGCAGCUCGAGAACUUACUCGACGAGACGCCCGCCGCGCCCUCUCUCAACACUAAAUGA